AUGAAGGAGCGACGGCCUUUAAACAACAGAAGAGCAGAGCACACGCCAAUAGUACUGCACUAUACAAACCACGCAAAUAUGCAGCAAAUUGAAAAUGAUCUUUACAUGUCGUCAAGUGAUCAAAGUCUGAUACUGAUACUGAUCCGAGCUAUAUCCGUCAAAAAAAGAAGAAACUGCCCCCGAAAGGAUAUUAUCGAUGCUGUUACACAGACUCAAAAUCAAGAUAUUGUUAAUGAAGGUCGCAAUGGUCAUCCCAGUAAAAAUAACAAUGAUCAGCCCGAUGAAGAUCGCAAUGGACAGCCUAAUGAAGAUUGCAAUGAUCAGCCCAACGAAGAUUGCAAUAACCAGCCUAAUGAAGAAGCAAAAAAGGAAAGAAGCGGCUAA